CGGUUUCAUGCACGCCGGAAGCACUAGUGGCUAGCUAGCUGUACAAGUAGCUAGAAACGUCCAAACGCACUGUAUACCACAUUACAGUCGUUUUAUAGCCGACAUACACACAUUUCGUGAUGAUUGAAGAAGGGGAUCAGGUGCUAAUCCAGAAGGCAAAUGUCUUCAGACUGGUGAAGGUGGAAAGAAACAAAAAAAUCUUUACAGAGAAGCUUCAGUUCUUUCUGGACAAUGCUGUUGGACUUCCCCUGGGGUCCAAAUUUGAGGUUCGAAACAAACAGUUGUUUCAGGUUCCACAUGAUUCAGGUGUGAACCAGGUUCCUUCAGAGGCUGAAGUUGACACAGACAGGAACAAUGAGAAGAUCCAAGAUGAUAAUCGUUCCCAAAAACUCACCAAGGAGGACCUCAAGGAGAUGGCCAAGCAGGGGGCUAAGGGCGAGGAGAUUAUUGAACAACUGGCACAGAACAAUGCUAACUUUAAGGACAAGACAAGUUUUUCUCAAGCCAAGUACCUUAGGAAGAAAGGCAAAAAGUACUUGAAUUAUAUAACAAUCCUUAGACCAACGCUUCGUCUGCUCUGCAACAUGUACAUGGCCAAGUCACCUUCCAAGAUCUGCCAUCUUCGUGUGGACACCUUGAGCCAAAUGCUGACUGUGGGGAACAUUCACGCACAUUCCAAGGUUAUUGUGGUGGACACCUGCCAGGGGCUGGUGCUGGGAGCAGUCAUGGAGAGGAUGGGAGGACUUGGUACUUUGGUCCAAGUGUACCAUGGAGACUUCCCGUUCAGACAUGCCUACGACGCCUUCAACUUCCCAGCUUCCUUUGACGAGACCAUGAUGCCAUAUCCCAUGAACCAGCUGAACUAUAUCCACUGCCCCCAAUCAAUAAAAGAUGGUCUUCAACGUGAAGAUCAAGAGUCAGGAGUAACUUCAAAUGGAGAAGAAGCUAUGGAUCAAGAAGUUACAAAAGACGCUGAGCCAAAUGUGGAAGAGCAAAAGGUUGAAGUAGCUCCCGAGGACUCCAUAUCAGCACCAAGGACAGAGCAGUUGUUAACAGAGGAACAAGAGGGAGUCAGUGACUCAAAAGAGAAGGAUGAGAACUGCACAGCUGGUAAGGCCAGCAGUUCUGACACAGAAGUCAACGUGGAGGGAGAAAGUGAACUUCUUACAGGAACACCUAAUGCUGAUGGCCCUACAAGAAAAAGACCUCCAUGGAAACAAUACAAAAAGGACCCUGCCCGACUGGAGAGACAGAGGGAGAGAAAGGAGAAGAUAGAGCAGGCCAGGGCAGUCCUACAGCAGGGGAACAUGGAUGGGUUGCUGAUUGCCUGUAAGUUCCACCCCGGGCCCCUGGUGGAGGCCCUGCUCCCCUGCCUCGCACCGUCCCGUACCUUUGCUGUGUACUGCCAACACCGGGAACCGCUGGUGGACUGUUACAACCGGCUUAGGGCAAAGGGGGGAGUCCUCAAACUCCAGCUCACAGAGACAUGGCUGAGAAACUUUCAGAUUCUCCCAGGCAGGACCAGGCCUGACAUGCAGAUGAGUGGGACAGGGGGAUAUCUCCUCUCAGGCAUCACUGUUACCAUGGAGACAGACUCCACAUCCAGCACCACAGAACCUCCACUGAAGAAAGCCAAACUGGAGACAGACUGAUGUGUUAACAGAUGUCAACACUUUUUUUUUACUUUUCUCAUAUAGAAAUAUAAAUUGCAGUGAAAGGUGGUGUACAUUGUUGAAUUAAAACAAGCACAGUCUUGUCAGAGGAUAUCAUGUCAUGUAUUUCAUUUUAAAUGACCUUGCAAGUUCUGGAAGUACAUAGUCAAAGUCAAAACUGCAUUAGAUACCACAAAAUAGUUGCGUUUUCCUUCAACGGACUUGUGUCAUAAUACUGGACACACAUACUGAUAUACAUCUAAUACUUUUCAAUAGUUACUUUUUUUAACCAAUUUUUGCAAUUAUACACUUCAGAAGGUCACUAAUGUACCUACCAACAUUGAUAUCUACCACUACUUAUCAGAAUUUGCAAAUUAAAC